UCCUGGCCGGGACACGUACUACGCGCGCGAUUAGAUUCAGUGCAGGUUUUGCAGAAACACUCAUCGGAUGGACUGAUAAUUAACCACAAUUUACACUCUAUUUACCUUACAACAUCACAAUGCCCAAGUCAAAGGAAAUGUUGUCCUCUACGUCAAACAGUGAUUCUGAUAGUGAUGUUGACACCAAGGCCAAAAGAAAGAAGCAGACAACUCCUGAGAAGCCAUCAAAGAAACUGAAGGGUGGAGAAACCUCAAAGGUGUCAGCAGCCUCCAAAAGCAGCAGUAGCAGCAGCAAUAAAAGUGAUAAUAUGUUUCAGAUAGGAAAGAUGAGGUAUGUGAGCGUCCGAGACUUCAAAGGAAAAGUGCUGAUUGAUAUCAGGGAAUACUGGAUGGACCAAGAGGGUGAAAUGAAGCCUGGGAGAAAAGGCAUUUCACUGAACCCAGAGCAGUGGAACCAGCUAAAAGAGCAGAUGAGUGACAUCGAUGAUGCUGUGAGAAGAAUAUAAGACCUGUUUGCAUUGCACAAGCAAUCUUCUGUUCUAAACAUUCUCAUUCUGCACCUCGCCUGUGCUCUGCAAAGCAAAUGUGUAAACCGGAACAUUUUGUGUGUAUAUUUUAGAUUAGGGUUUAUUGAAAUAAUUGGUAACUGUAUUCUUUUAAUAUUUCAUGGUUAGGGUUGGCUUAGAGGAGAUGGGAAGUGAAUUUGUGCUUUUAAUUUUCAAUAAAGGUCAUAGAAAUAGA